CCGAGCGCAGCCAAAGGAAUGACUUUGCGUAGCUGACGUCAGGAAUACCUCACCAGCAGCACUGUGCGGUGGGCAGGGAGCUGCUGCUGCGGAGGAGGAGGAUAUGAGGAGCAAUCGUGGAAGAGGAGUCAGUCCGACCUUGUCUGGCUCGCAGUCCGCCCCGCGCGCCUGGUUUGUGCGUAAACGCUGCUAAAGCUGUUGGCGGCGUUUGAAGCCACUUUGGGCGCGUUCAACUUUGGCCCUCAUUCAUGUUUUUUCUUUCGCAAAGCAUCCACGUCUGGUGGUGAUGUGCACAGGAAUACAUCAGCACUACUCCAACCUCUUCCGCAUAUUGGAUUUCAAUGCAAAGAGAAGGUCGCCAACGUCCCUCUUCAGGAUUCGGGAAAUGAAGACCGCUGCUGACACGGACUCUGUGCUUUUAUUUGUAUUUGUAACUUUUGAAACGUUUUUCCGCGCAGUUGUGAUCGAGGGAUUUUGAUCAAAUCGCGAAGCAUUCGCUCCAUGCGUGGGAUUACUCUUUGCAUUGCAUGUAUUAGAAAGCAGCCGAGUUUUGGAUAAGCCUGUGCCGUUGUACAGCGCGCUAAUUCGAUCAUAAUGUAUUUGAUUUAAGAACAAACCCUCUGUCUAUAUAAAAGUGCCAAAAUUAAGCCGGUAUGGCGAACGAGUGUAAUCGCAACAUUGUGGAAAAGUAUAUCUGCCAUAAACUCUCCAAACGGGGCUACGCGUUUGGGUUCGAUGACGUCCGGGAUGAAGAUGCCGCCAAUAACCGCUUAAUAGCCGUCCCGCCUCCGCCGCCGCCGACUCUGGUCCGCCGGUGCCGCGAAGCCAGCACCGGGCCUGACAGCGAGAGCGUGCCCCACCUCUGCAAACGGCUCCCGCAGUCCGACCCGACCGCCGCCGCCAUCCACAGGGUCCUGCGCGAGGCUGGAAACGAACUUGAGCGACUGUACCAGCCGGACUUCACGGAGAUGUCGCGGCAGCUGUAUCUCACCUCCACCACGGCGCAGAGGAGGUUCGCCGAGGUGAUAGACGAACUGUUCCGGGACGGGGUGAACUGGGGCCGGAUCAUCGCCUUCUUCGAGUUCGGGGGCACGGUGUGCGUGGAGUGCGCCGCCAAGGAGGAGAUGGCGUCGCAGGUGGACAACAUCGCGGAGUGGAUGACGGAGUAUUUGAAUGGACCUCUGAACAACUGGAUACAAGAUAACGGGGGAUGGGAUGCCUUUGUGGAGCUGUAUGAUAGACAGAGGGACUCCCUCUUCAAUUGCUCCUGGCCCUCCAUUAAGACGGUCUUCGGUCUGGCUGCACUCGGGGCCGCUAGCCUCACCAUCGGAGCGUACCUUACACAGAAGUGAACGAGGAGCCCCCCCCCUUUUUUUUUCUUUUACCAGCUUGACUUUGUUCCUCAUCCCCCUCCUCCUCCUCCUCCUCCUCCUCCUCCUCCUCCUUGUGCCUCUUCUUUUUUCUCCCUCCUCCUUUUUAUAGAUGCCCCUGACCCCUCAGAGACAACCUUCAGACUCUUCCGAAUCAUGCUCUCUUCAAAGCCCUCUCUCAGAAAACUCCCUCUUCCUCGCUCCCUCCAUGUCAAAAUAGACACAAAUCAAAACAAUUGAAGCAACCAGAUGCACAGCCCAUACAAAGCAAAAGGACGUCUUGAAAAGAGGCCGCUUAGAUGGAAUCGCACUAAGCUGAGUCUGACUGAGGAGAAAGGAGGUGGCAUCACUGGCAUGCAUCUUUUUUGUUUGUUUUUUUGUUCUGCCUGCUUCUGUACUAGUUAUAGCAUGAAUGUUGAGUGUUAGUGUAGACGUUGCAUGUGUCAGAGCUCAUGCGGGACCUCUAUUGGGAGGCCUUGACGAUGGGGGUGCAUGGACAAUGAUGCCCCACGCCGGAGAGGAAGCGGCCACAGACCCGCCCCUGCUUGUUAGGGUGAAGAACCCCGUUUGAACCGUGGACUCCGGUUACCCCCCCCCCCCCCUUGCAGCCGUCCUUCAAAGGACUUCCUCCACAGAACAGCUGCUCAGAAUGUAUAAUGGAAGCGGCUUGCUACAACCAGCGCGGCUUGUGUCUACUGCUUUCACUCCUCAGAUAGCUCCAGUGAACUCUGAACACGCUCCACCAUUAUACUCUCACUGGCCUCUAAGGGCUGGGGGGGACUGAGCUCUGGUGAUCUUUCUUUCACAGAGCUCGAACGCUCCUCGAUUGUGAUCUUCGUGUUUGGUUUUAAUUUUUUGCAGCACGCCAAAUCCCCCAAAUUGUGUGGUUGUGUGGUUUUAUCCCAGAAAAAAAAAGAGGAGAAUGGAGAAUUUUUGAAGCAGUGAAAAACAUGCCGGAGAAGCCUGUCGUUGCAUUAAAAAAUCAUAUGUUGAUUAAUAUAUUGAGAAAAAUGUUGAGCACAGCACAAAAGAGCGAGGUAAAAGUAACGAAGGGAGUAGGCCCCCGUGGCACGGGAACGGACCAGAUUUGAAACACACAUUCAUCGAGCAAAGCGACGUGAAGGAGACUGAAAAUCACUCCCCUCUAAAAAGCACCAUCACUGUUCACACAUUGGCACCAAGCGACUCUUAAAGGCUAUCGGCUCUUUUUCUAUUUUCUACCACUGUUUCUACCAGCUUUCUUACUCAAGUCCACACUUGUGGGCAGAUUGUUUUGGGCUCACCCAGGUUUCAGAGCUGAACCCGGUCAACAUGUGUCCUCCAGCUGCUGAGGCCACGCGGCGACCCGGUGCUGCUAGAAUCCGCUCUGACAAAAGGCGCUUGUCGACGCGGUCCGAGAGAAACCCGCCUGGCUACAGAAGACCGCGUGGAAAAACCAGCAGCAGAGUUUCAGUUUAGGACUGAAGCCGGUGUGUCCCGUGUGCUGGAACCUGAGAUGUCCCUUCUCUCCGGUCUGCAAAAUGCAUUCAGUCAUUGAUUUGCUUUAUUGAUGUUUGUCUCGUGUUACAGUCUGAUAGAAAAUUUGGAAGCAUUCACAAGCUCCGAAAUAUUUUUUUGGUUUAUAUUUUGGAUAGUUGGGCUAUGGAAAAGUGAUUUUUUUUGUUUUGUUUCUUUCCUUCCUCUGUCAUUAAAGACCUUCAACUUCUUUGUUGCAUGUAUGAAAGAUAGUCUUCACACAUCAAAUAUGUGUAACCAUAUUUAUAACAGAAUAGGGUAGCAUAUAACAAAACAAAUAACAGCAAAGGAGUUGCUUUUUUUCUAUUUAUUAAGAGGUACCAGAUCACAGAUUUUUUAACAGUACUUUGAUGAAAAAUGUAUUGUUUUCACUUUUUCUAUUCCAAGGAAUCACACUGUAAUUUCCCCCCCCCGGCUGCUAUUAUAACAAGAAAGAUGUUUUGUUUUUUUUCAAAAAGUGAAUUUUUGUGUCGUAUUAACGUUGGCUUAAGGCUGCUAUACUGUUGAUUUUACAUUUACUUACAGCUUAAACUGCCAUAGAUUUACAGUAUAGUUCUAGAGAGCUGGAAACCAAAGUUAACUUGUAUUAAUCUUUAAUUUAAAAAAGAAAAAACUAAACAAAAAGUAGCAAAUACACGUCGCUUCAGUUGACCGAGUCUACUCGGUGAGGGUUUGUCUAGUGUUACUGUACUAUAUCAGCUUAACUUUUGUCAGCGUUGUGCUCCAAUGAUAACUCAGUGCUCAUCUGUAAAAUGUUCACCUGCCAGACUUAAACCUCGUCUCAGUUGUCACUAUAAACCACCCCCACUUCUCAUUACAGCAGCUCACAGUGUGUCAUAUAUUUCUAGUAGCGUGUGUGUGUGUGUGUGUGUGUGUGUGUGUGUGUGUGUGUGUGUGUGUGUGUGUGUGUGUGUGUGUGUGUGUGUGUGUGUGAGAGGGAAGGUGAUUCCCAAGCAGGAGUAGGAAUGGCUCAACAGCAAUAUACUGUAAUUUUUAUAUUCUCUGUGCAUAUAUGAAUGUAGGCGCCAUGGUUGCUGUACUGUUUUAUGUCUAUAAUCACAAACAUGUAGCACUUAAAAAAAAAGAAAGACAAAAAAGUGAAUUGUGUUUCUGUUGUUUACUGCUAUAUCCACGAUAAGCUAGCGGGAUCACAUUGUUCCUAAUAAACCGGAUUUCUCAAGCAGCUGCAGUCAAAGUUCAUGUUGCAUCUGCUUUUUUAAUAUUUUUAGUUAAUCGAUUCUCAGCUUCGUCUCUGAGAGACACCUCGGGUUGGGAGCAGUGCAUCAGCAGUGCCCCUUUGAUUAUCUGUUAUCCACCCACAGCUGUGAACUGUACAUGUAGCUUGGUUGUGUCAACCUUACAGUCUCCUUGUGAAGGACUGUGCAGGCGCAGCAGCCGCACCCCAUCAGACAUCAAAGCUGUCCCCAAACACUGCACUUGUCAGCCUCCCCUCCUCUGCUCCAUGCCCUGCUAAACACAAGUGCAAAAUGCCCUGCGGCCAGGUUUUCCUUUUCUUUUUUUUUUUGCACCCCCCCACCCCCCCUGCCUCUGUUCUGAUCACACUCGUCUUCAAAGGCAAAGGAACUCUUGCUGCUCGGUGGAAUUUGUGAAAAGCAUGAUGCAGUAAAACUAAUGUUGAAAGAGUUUGGGGUGUGUGGGUGCGAGGAAAUGAGAGGAGUGAAAGAAAGUGGUGGUGGUGGUGUGUGUGUGUGUGUGUGUGUGUGUGUGUGUGUGUGUGUGUGUGUGUCGAUAUAUCCCUGAGGAGAUCAACAGCGUAGGAAAGUUCAUUUGGGCUGGAGCCCCAUGCAAUACCUCCUCUCUCUCUCCCACUCGCCAUGCAUAUAAAAUGCAUGACACGCUCUGAAGAGGAAUUUUAAAUCAAGCCCUAGACUUUCAAAAGAGAGUCCAGUGUGUGUGUGUGUGUGUGUGUGUGUGUGUGUGUGUGUGUGUGUGUGAGAGAAAGAGAUGGGCAGCGAGGAGGAGGAUGGGGGGAUAGAGAAGCCCUCUUGCCUCUUCUGCUUUAGGCCUACAAGGUGUAGAGGAGGCUUCCCCAGCACUGGAUACCACAGGGGAGAUUGGGAGAUCAAAGCAGAUUGUCUGGAGUUAGUCUGGUCCAGAUUUACCCCUCAUUUGGAAGUCCAUCUGAUCCACUCACGGUACCUUUGCCUCAUUUAGACGCAACCUUUAUUCCAUUAAAAAAAAAACUUCCUGCUGAAAUCUAGCUGUUUCCUUUAAAAUGAGAUGUGAAAAAAAGCACCCUUCGGAAACCACUCAUCUCUUAUUGAAAUGUAAAUAUUCAAUGAGAAAGAGCUGCUCAUUACACCGACUGUAGAAGCUGAUGUUCUAAGUGAACCGUGUACUGCAGUGUCACCUUGUGGCUGCUCCACAAACACUCCAGCAGGGUUUAAAACGUCGCAAGUCUGCACAUUUCUACCACCAUCCUGAGAAAACCCGACAGCUAAUUUCCCUGAGCAGAUCAUCUUUAAACCUCCUCUGGAUUUGAAGAUGAUCUGCUAAUAAAAAAAAAAGCAGCCUUUCCGCAGGACUCCCUGGCACACGGUUGCGUAUAUCCCGGCUCUAAAAUAUCCUCGGGGCAGCAUGCCACGAAGAGAAAAAAGGCUCCAGGGCUGAAGGCUCAACUGCUCACAGCUUUGGUGAUGACUGUUCAGCCGUCUGUGCUUUAGAGAGUCUUCUUAGGAAUGUUUGUCUGAUGAAAAGAAAUAAAUUGUGCGAGACA